AUUGCAUUCCACCAACAUGUCUCUGAAAUGGAUUUCACUUCUGCUGCUGCUACAGCUGAGUUGUAAUGUUAGCCCUGGGAGUGCCGGAAAGGUGCUGGUGUGGCCCACAGACUACAGCCAUUGGAUCAAUAUGAAGAAAAUCCUGGAUGAACUUGUCCAGAGAGGUCAUGAAGUGAGUGUUCUGACAUCAUCAACUUCCGUUCUUGUUGAUCCCAACAAACCAUCUGCUAUUAAAUUUGAGAUUUAUCCUGCAUCUUCAACAAGACAAGAAUUUGAGGAUAUUGUCAGAAAAAUAACCAACGAUUGGACAUAUCUGAUAAAAGAACCGUUUUGGACACAGUUUUCACGACGGCAAGAAGUCCUUCAGGAAGUUUCUGAUUAUUUUCAAAAGCUCUGUAAAGAUGCAGUUUUGAACAAGAAACUUAUAAGAAAAUUACAAGAGUCAAAGUUUGAUCUCAUUCUCGCAGAUGCUGUUGGACCGUGUGGUGAGCUGUUUGCUGAGCUACUGAAAAUACCUUUCGUGUACAGUCUCCGCUUCGUUCCAGGCCAUAAAGUUGAAAAGUAUAGUGGAGGACUUCCAUUCCCACCGUCUUAUGUACCUGUUGUUAUGUCAGAAUUAAGUGAUCAGAUGACAUUCAUGGAGAGGGUAAAAAAUAUGUUAUAUGUGCUUUAUUUUGACUUUUGGCUCCAAACAUUUAAUGAGAAGCAGUGGGAUCAGUUUUACAGUGAAGUACUAGGAAGACCUACUACGUUACUUGAGUUAAUGAGGAAAGCUGAUGUGUGGCUUGUUCGAAACUAUUGGGAUUUUGAAUUUCCUCGCCCAUUCUUACCACAUUUUCAAUUUAUUGGAGGAUAUCACUGCAAACCUGCCAAACCCCUGCCUAAGGAAGUGGAAGAGUUUGCCCAGAGCUCUGGAGACAAUGGUAUUGUGGUAUUUAGUCUGGGGUCAAUAAUCAGCAACAUGACAGAAGAAAGAGCCAAUGUGAUUGCAUCAGCCCUUGCCCAGAUUCCACAAAAGGUUAGAUGA